CCCAUUGCUCAGUCCGGUGUCCUGUCUCCGAGAGUCUCCAGGCCCCGGCCGAGACGAGAGGCUCCUGCCCGAGGCCAGCCGCUCAGGGUCGCGGGGAGCCGUCCUCAGGAGUGGCACUGCCACCAUCAGAUGUUGAUUUAUUCCUGUCAUUUAUUAGCCAUUUUAUAAAGGUAAAGAGUAAAGAAAAAACCCAAACACUAUGUCUGAUGAAGUUUUUAGCACAACUUUGGCAUAUACAAAGAGUCCAAAAGUCACCAAAAGAACUACUUUCCAGGACGAGUUAAUAAAAGCAAUUACAGCUCGCUCAGCCCGACAAAGGAGUUCUGAAUACUCAGAUGACUUUGACAGUGAUGAGAUUGUUUCCUUAGGUGACUUUUCUGACACCUCAAUAGAUGAAAAUUCAGUCAAGAAAACUUUGAAUGAUUUCCAUAUAUCAGAUGAUGAAGAAAAUAAUUCUCCAAAACUGUCUUUUUUGAAAACCAAGAAAUCAAAUAGUGACAUGAUGAAAGACGAGCCAGUAUUCUCCAUCAAAAAUGAUGAAGAAAUAGCACCUGAUGAUUCUGCAGACAUGGUUGUAAAUCCCUUAUCUGAGUCUCAACAUGAAGACCAGGAAAUGGAAAAAGAGAAAAUUAUAAUGAAACCUAAACCCAGAAUUCUUUCAAUCAAAACCACAUCUUCAGCAGAAAACAGCGGCAGCCUUGAAGUAGACAACCGUUUGACACCUUCACCGAGGCCAAGGAGCAUGUUGAAAAAGCACAGCCACGGGGAAGAGAAAGAUGGGUUAGGAGAAGAGAAAGAAGCUGCCCUCCGUGAAGAAGUAGAGGCACUUUCUGCACCUUUGCCCCUCCCAAGGCUGAGAGGCAGACAACUAGAAGCUGAGAGAAAAGCGUUCCCUGAGAACAUUGAUCCUGAGGAUCCGUGGUUAACAAGUCUAUCAUCAUCAUCCCUUAAAGAAAGUCCUGGAGAUUCCGUUUCACCAGGAUCUGGGGAUAAAACAUCUGUACAAGAUCAGAAGGAAGAAUUCACUGAAAACCGUAAUUCCUUGAAAUCACAUGAAAAUCAAGAGGAUUCAUUUUUGAUAGACUUUGUUAAUUCUGCACUUGAGAAAUCAAAGGACAGACAAGUAACUACUGAUGACCUUGAAGAAGAAAAGGAGAAAGUUGACCUGAUUAUGAGGGAUGAGUUAACAGUUGAUCCACCACUACUGAAAUCUCAGAGUGUCUUAAUAUCUACCAGUGCAACUGAGUCUGCAAAGAAAACAAUUGAAGAUAGAAAUAUGAAGAAUAAAAAGUCAACAAAUAAUAGAGCAUCCAGUGCAUCAGGCAGAUUAAUGACUUCUGAGUUUUUAAAGAAUUCUAGUUCUAUAAGGAGAACAUCGAAAACUACCUCUUCUCAGUAUUUAGGAACUUUGAAAGUCUUGGACCAAAAGCCCUCACAGAAACAGAAUGUAGAACCUGACAGAGCAGAUAACAUAAGGGCCGCUGUUUAUCAGGAGUGGUUAGAAAAGAAAAAUGUGUAUUUACAUGAAAAGCACAGAAUUAAAAGGAUUGAAAGUGAAAACUUAAGGAUCCAAAAUGAACAGAAAAGAGCUGCUAAGAGAGAAGAAGCAUUAGCAUCAUUUGAGGCCUGGAAGGCUAUGAAAGAAAAGGAAGCAAAGAAAAUGGCAGCAAAAAAAAGGCUUGAGGACAAAAACAAGAAGAAAACUGAAGAAGAAAAUGCUGCAAGAAAAGAAGAAGCACAACAAGCUUUUGAAAGAUGGAAAGAAAAAAAGAUGGAGUAUCUUAAAGAGAAAAAUAAAAAGGAGAAAGAAUAUGAAAGAGCAAAGAAACAGAAAGAGGAAGAAACUGUUGCUGAGAAAAGGAAAGAUAACCAAACUGCUGUGGAAAAAUGGAAUGAAAAAAAGGAAGCUUUUUUCAAAGAAAAGGAAAAAGAGAAAGUAAAUAAGAAAAGAAAAGAAGACCUGAAAAGAGCUGAGAAAAAAGAUAAAGAUAAACAAGCUAUUGAUGAAUAUGAAAAAUGGCUGGAAAAGAAAGAAAGACAGGAAAGAAUUGAACGAAAACAAAAGAAACGUCAUUCCUUUAUUGAAAAUGAGGCACUUCCUCCAUGGAGCCCUCCAAGCAGAACUGUGUUCUCAAAAGUGUUUUAAUAGUUCUAAUUCUUACAUUAUUUUUUUUUAUUAAUUCAACAAUGUUAGCCAUAGGUUUAAAACUAUUUAUUCAAUUAUUUACAGUUAAAAGAGUCUAUUUUAAUUAAAUGCCAGCCACUUCUGCUGAUAAUGAAAAAGAUGCUUUGGAGCUUAAUCAGUGAAAGCAUUUUUUGAAGCAUUUAGAUAAACUGCCUCAGAUGAAAAGCUAAUAGAUUGCUCUUACCUUUAAAAUGCAUAACCCUGUAUCAUUCCCUGAUAAUUCUUGCAGUCAGAUGAUCUAUGAUCGCUUUCACUAAGCUGUGCAUGUUAUUUAAGAAGGUUUAUUCCCCAAAAUAAAAAGGAAACCAUCUAGGUACAAUAAUUAUUGAAAUAAUUGAAUUUGUAAAUGAUUGUGCAUCUAGAUUCAGGUUUUUAAAUGAAUGAUCUCUGGGGAGUGUAUGUGUAUUAUUUCUUAU